UUGUGUUUGAUGAUUUCCUCUGUUGUGUCUAAUAAGGGAACAGUGAGUGUCAUUGGCAGCUGUGAGUCUCUCUCUCUCUUUAGGGGGCUGACAGGAGCCAGUUUCUUCAGUGUGUUUGAGGAGCAGACGAGAAACUUGUGCUGUGCUCUGAGUUGAUGAAGUAGUGUGUGUCGAGCUGAAGGAGAAGAUGGAGAACUGUCUGAUGCUGAUGUUUCUGUGUUAUAUGGUAAAACUCAUCACCUCUGACAGUGUGAGUGUGAGGUUGGUGAAUGGUAAUAAUCCCUGUGCUGGUCGAGUGGAGGUUUAUAAUGAUGGUCAGUGGGGAACAGUGUGUCAUGAUGCCUGGGAUAUGACUGAUGCUGCAGUGGUGUGUAGAGAGCUGGACUGUGGGACGGCUGUAAAAGCAACAAAUGAAGCUCACUUUGGACGAGGAUCAGGACCAAUUUCAAUGGCUCUUGUAGGAUGUAGUGGAUCAGAGACUGCACUGAAAGACUGUACAUCAUAUGGCACACAGGGCUGUAAUCAUGAUGAAGAUGCUGGUGUUGUUUGUUCAGGACAAGGACUUCGAUUUAUGGACGGGCUUCACCUGUGCUCUGGGAGAGUGGAGAUGUUUCGUACAGAAGGAUGGGGUUCAGUGUGUGACGCUGUCUUUGACCAGCAGGAUGCAGAGGUUGUGUGUAAACAGCUGGACUGUGGGGCUCCUGUACAGGUGCUGGGAGCAGCUGCUUUUGGUAAAGGAAAAGGCCGUGUUUGGUCAGAGGAGAUUCAGUGCAGAGGAAAUGAAUCUCAGAUAGAUGUCUGUUCACAUUCAUCUUCACAGAAACACAGCUGUUCUCAUGACAAUGAUGUAGGAGUGAUCUGUUCUGGUUGCACAGAUCUCAGGCUGGUGAAUGGUUCAGACACUUGUUCUGGAAGAGUGGAGCUUCAGUAUCUAGAUAAAUGGGGCACAGUGUGUGAUGCAUGCUGGGAUAUGAGAGCUGCCAGUGUCCUCUGUAGACAGCUGAAUUGUGGGAUUGCUGUGUCUGUUGUGGGAUCAGACUGGUUUGGAGAGGGAAGUGGUGAAAUCUGGGCUGAUGUGUUUGAUUGUGACGGGAAUGAAACAAAACUCUCAGAAUGUUCCAUCUCUUCAUGGAGUCGAGCUGAAUGUUCUCACAGACGAGAUGUUGGAGUCAUCUGUAAAUUCACACAACACUGAACUCAUGGGUUUCAG